CUCAAGUGACGAGACGUCGACGUCGUUCGACGCGACGUCCGUCGUCUCGAGAUGCCGAUACUGAACCUGCCGAUACUAUGUCUUUGCUUUUUAGGGGCACAGAGCCUCACCAAGAAGGGGGAUGUCAAUGCCCAGUUGGGCAAUGCCAAUGCCAACCAGUUGGGCUACAACCCGGAUGACGUUCCGACCGAAACGGCCUUGAAGGAUUUCUCCGGCGAUUGGCUGUUUCAUGUGAGAACCACUUCUUGUCAUGGUGAUGCCUUCGACAACGGUGCCAACAGCUACAUCUCUCGAACAUUUCUGCCCAUCUUGAGCAUUUGCAGUGUGGGAUUGCUUUGUUUGUCCUGGAAGGAGAAAAGGGAGAAGGAGGUGUAUCGACUCGAUGAGAAGAAUGAGAAGAAUGAGGGUAGAAGUGAGGGUCUCCCGGACAGCCAAGCGGAUGAAAGCAGCAACGCGGAAAGCCAAGGCGAGAGAAGCCAAAGGACGAGCCAAGAGAAGUCCAAACGUCUUUUCCAUGUGGACUUUGCACGCAUUUGUGCCGUGAUGUGCGUGAUCUUUGAGCAUUCGGGUGGAGUCAGCUACACGCAUCGAAACGUGGGCUUUGGACUGUGGUGGGCCCUACCCUAUUUGUAUGUGACGAGUGGCAUGGCUUCGAUGAUGAGUAAAAGUAGCAUCGUAGGCUACGUGAUGCGCCUUCUCUUGGUCUUUACCGUGGGAACCUUGGCGAAUCUCUUCGCCGACGCGGUGACCCACAGAGAUUGGUCCCACGACUUUGGGAACACCAUUUUUCAGAUGUUCUUUGUGGUGAUGCUUCUCAUCAUGGCGCCUUUGGCAGAGCCAUUGCGCCAAGCCCUGCGCCAGCGCUCGAGAAGCGACGACGGUCCGAACCCGUUGACGAGUGGAGAAGAAGGGACGGCGUGGAGUACCGGAUGGACUUUUGCGUUUAUGAUGCUUUGGGGCACCAUUUCCUGUGCUGCCUUAGCCUUCUUCGUGCGAGGAUUCACGGGAGACUCCGAGAUAGAAAGGACCUUUCAAGAUGAAAAGGUCUCCAGGUGGAUUCAGUUCUAUGCCCCGGUGCUUCGCCACACCCCGAUCAUUUUGGUUCACGUUGGAGGUACUCUCUUUCUCAGCCUGUUGGCCACUCUGGUUUGCCAUGACGACAACACUGGAGUGGUGGGCUGGAUUCUGUUGGCAUUCUCUUACUUGCAGAUGAUUGUGGUCCCUUGGGAUCAGGAUUCUUUCGCCCACCUGGUGAAUUUGAACAUCGUUGGCAUGGUGACCUUUCAAUGGCCUUUAGCGGGGAGCGCUAUGAUCGCCCGGCUGGUGAACGCCUACUGGCCAUUUCUGCUGAUGUUUCUUUGUUUGGAUUCCAUGCCGGACAUGUGGGGUCGUUGCGAUGUCCAUUCGCCCUACUCCACCUGGGAGCGAUUUCGCAUGUUCUUGGGAGAGUUUACACUGGUGGUUUGCUUCAUCGCUGGUGCUUUCACACCAUCCGAUCCCAAGAAAGUGACUCCGUGGCUGAAUCUUUGGUCGCUCUAUGCCUAUUGUUUUCAUGUGAUGUGGUACCGGCUCUUUGGAUCUCCAUAUGGAGCCAUCAUCACGUUUGCUUCCAUUCCUCUCUUCUACUUCUUGCUGAUGUCCGACAAAUCGUCCAAACCGGACAGCGGCACGGAUGGUUGUGGCCUUGGGAACCGAGAGAUUCGUGGUCCUAUAGCAGCAGGGCUGGAGCAGAACAAGGUGCGGAAGCAUGUGGCCGUUUGCCUCAGUCACUGUGGCCCGCCCAGUUGCACGCUGAAAGAUGCAGAAACGGAUUGCGCCUGCUUACGAUGCACGAUGUUUUGCAUGUCAAGAGGGUCCUAUGUGGAUGCUUGCCUUAACAAUCACACCCGUGACCUGUGCUUGGACUACCAGAAGUACAUCAACAGUACUGAGCUAUGUGAAGUUGACUGCGAUGCUGCAGCAGGUUUACCAUUCAGCGUUUUUCUUACGUUUGGUUUGCUCUGUAGCUCGUUUCUUUUCGCAUAG